AUCUAGUUGGGUGGAGAUGACUAAAAGUAAAAUUUAGCAAAUCGAAUUAGUGAUUAAGGUUUUUGGAUGAACGGUACAGAAAAAAAAGUUCGUUACGCCGGAAAGCUACCUUGUCAACCCCUCGAUAAAAUAUCAUAACCUCAAAAAGAAUUUGCUCACAUUAGAUUGCGCGACCAAGCGGCCAUGACGAAUAGCUAACUACAUACAUUUGCGGCACUAUUGAUUAUUUACAGCGGUUGACAAAGUUGAAGCCGUUCUGUUAUCAGUGCCACGAGCGAGGGCAGAAUACAACGCUGUACGAUGGCGACCAGGAAAAAAGUUCUACUGAAGGUAAUCAUUCUUGGGGACAGCAGUGUCGGUAAGACGUCACUGAUGAACCAGUAUGUCAACAAGCGUUUUUCGAACCAAUACAAGGCUACGAUUGGGGCUGACUUUUUGACUAAGGAAGUGGUGAUCGACGAUCGAGUUGUUACGAUGCAGAUUUGGGACACUGCCGGUCAGGAACGGUUCCAAUCGCUUGGUGUCGCAUUUUACCGCGGAGCGGACUGCUGUGUUUUAGUGUACGACACCACCGCACCGAAUACGUUUAAGAAUCUGGACUCGUGGAGGGAUGAAUUCUUGAUUCAAGCGAGUCCCCGUGAUCCAGACCAUUUUCCGUUCGUAGUGCUGGGUAAUAAGAUUGAUCUGGAAAAUCGAACGGUAUCAACCAAACGUGCCCAGCAGUGGUGUCAGGCGAAGAACGAUAUUCCCUACUUUGAAACGUCUGCAAAAGAAGGCAUUAAUGUAGAUCUUGCUUUUCAAACAAUUGCCAAAAAUGCACUAGCCCAGGAGAGUGAGGAAAUCUACAACGACUUCCCUGACCAGAUCAAGCUGAACGCGGAUCGCAAUAACCGGCCCCGGAACGGAGACAACUGCUCCUGCUAACUGCUCCUGCUAACUGCUACUGCAUAGACAAGGUUCGAACAAUUCAGCAUGAAAACCCUUCUUUUUUUUGUUACAAUAAUCGACUGCGGCUUGCAGGCGGCAAAUAGGCUCCACCAGAAAGCGUAAAGUAUAGCGAAACAAUAAUGUCCCUUUUAAACAUUGAAUUGAACGUUUAUGUUGAAUUGAGUAGGAAAUAAACGAAUGUUUGCUUACACACACAAAAUAUUAGAAUUGAUAGAAGCAAAAUAUACUGUAGUUCAAUAAAUAAACGCAAGGCUUCUUUGGCGAUCUGCUGUAGAUCAGAAUUCAGGUUUUAUUUAUUUUUUUUUUUUGUUAAUUACGACGGUACACUCAAUUUCGUUUCGUCCCGAUAUUAAGUUGAGUUUGAGAAGAUUACAAUCUACUAUAUUUCAAAAUGCUUUUCAUUUUUUUUAUUCCUAAGAAAACAAUAAAAAAGUAACCAAUUGGUACGCUAUCAUUUAUAUAGGUAUGUAUAGUAGACACUAAAUCGGAAUAAAAUAAGCAUCAGAGCGCAGCACAGAUAGGUUUGAAUUGAUUCGCUUCGUCGCGGCCAAAUGCAGGCAACACAUUACACUCUAGAUAGACAAUUUCAAAAUGUGAUCACAGAGCUUCGAAAAACGACAAAAAAAAUUGGAUUAUGUUAUGGUCUCACAGUUUUUAUUUGUAAACUCUCCAACAGCAACUCUUUCUAGGAAAAAAAGCUCGCUCCACCAUGCGCUGUUAUCGCUUGAUGCUUAUAACUAAAUUAUUAAAUAGUGAUGGUAUAAUAUUUAUAUUCGCUAUCUACGGUGUAUCUAGCUAAAAAAUAAACAAUGAGCAAAUAACAGCUGGUAGAAGAGUAAGUCUCCUUAUGUUGCAAAUAUGAAAUAACAAUUGAAAAUAUCAAAAAGCAUUACACCGUAUGGAUAACAAAGUUUACCGUAUAAUUUACUUAGAAAAGGUAAAGUGAACGCUUUAUUCAUACGGUCUGUUGAGUAAAGUACACAUAAAAAAAAUGCAAAUAAUAAUCACAUAAAUAACUCUUGUGCUCUGUCCACAUCAAUAGCUAUUAUGAAAUCAAAAGUGGUAGUAAACAUGCAACUCAAAACUGUUGUGCAAUUGAUCGAGCGGUUACACAUUGUAGAUGAGCAUCUUUAGACAUGUUUUCAUUUUCCGAAAGUGUAAAAUAUCUAACAUUUAAACAAGAUGGGCUAUUCGAGAUAGAAUACAGACACCUAUAUGAAGUAGAUUACAAACAGUAAAUUCAUAUAUCACGUAAUAAAAGUGAUUUAUUCAAAAGCACAAA